ACCUACUAAUAUGUCACCAAAGAAUUUUGUCGUUUUGUUCCUGGCAACUCUCUGCACCUUCAAAAUUGUUGAAGCUGGUUGUUGUGGUGGCUGUAGACAGUACGGCUUCGCCUUCGACGAUGGUGAAGACCUUUGCUCACCACAAGUUAAAUCAUGUCCCAUGGUAGUACGUCCACAAGAACUUCCCAAACCUGCAGCGUUCCCCCAAAUUGCCAAGCCAUGUCCAUGCUCUUGUACCAGGGCUGUGGUCCAGCCAGCUUACGUGUACGUGGUACCACCUCCAGCUCCAACGUGCAAGUGUACCUGCAAGUGUACUUGUGGAUGUGGAUCUUAUUAUUAA